UGAUUGAAUCAAUCUCAAAAUAAAUUUUUAAAAACUGCAUUCAAAACUCCGUAUUUCCGGAAAUGUUAAUUCCAAAACUGUGCCUAUUUUGUUCCCUUGUUUUGAUCUACACUAUCAUCAUCGUGCUACUAAACUUUACCACGAUACAACGUUUACAACGUUUCCCAUUAAAUGAGGAUACUUAUACCUUGUUUGACCAUAAUAAAGUUGCCUGCAUCAAGAUCCAGGCAGCAGUUGAGAUUCAGCUCAGAUUGCCCAUGAAACCCACCAUCGUCAUUUCGCUUCCUGACGGGUGUGUCGCUGUGGGAGGAAAUUGUGCCCUUGGAAUCCUGGAUUUACUUUGGGAUGCAGAAGAUUUAAAUAUGAUCCGAUUUUAUUUUGCAAAAAAUGAGACUCAUUACAACCUACAAAAUGUUACCUGCCGGAUUUGGAAGGAUCCUUCAAUUUUUACGAAUGAGACGGAUCCCGAUCCGAAAAGGACACACUUUGAAUUUGAGUCUGUAAAACCAUUACACGAUUUGGUCACACCGAAGCUUAAUUACUCAUACACAUGUCAGGACGUUUAUCUUCCGGGAAAUAAUUACGGUACUUUAGCCACACAUAACUUUAGGAUGGAAGCGUUCCGGCAAACCCAACCAGGUUAUGAGGACUUUAGUCCAGCCAUUAACUGUAAUAAUGCAUAUCCAGCUUUUCAAACUAAACAACAUCAAAAAAUUCGAUCUGCCUGGGUUAAAUUUGGAGUAUUGGUGAUGAUUUUGCUUUGCGUCAUCGGUCCUGUAACCUGCUUUCUUCUCGUAUUUUAUGUGGGUCGUCCUCAGUACAAUGCACCGCGGAGGUCAAUUUUUCGAAGAAUCUAUUAGCUGCAAGGAAAUAAAAUAAAUAUCAUUUUUAGCUUUGUAAAAUUGGUGCCGACCGAGCCCAAACAAAAUGUCUGCUUGAAUAACAGACAUCAUUUCGUCCACAGUAUUACAUAAAUAAAUAUAGAUACAUCCACCAA